AUGGCCGAAGCUACCUUCAACCGAGAACGUCAUCUCAAAUAUUUCCUCCGCUGUCUGAAAACAUUCUUGCCCAGUCUGUACACCUCCAACGACUCGAAUCGCAUCCUCCUCGCCUUCUUCACGAUCGCUGGGCUGGAUAUCCUGGGCGAGCUGCAUAACAAAACGAUCCCGGAAGAAAGGCAGGGAUACAUUGAAUGGAUCUAUCACUGCCAGGUCCCGUCCGGUGGCUUUCGGGGCUUCACAGGGACGGACUUCGGGCUCGAGAGACGGAAUUCGAAGAAUGAAUCCUGGGACCCGGCUAACGUUCCGUCGACAUUCUUUGCGCUCCUUCUUCUAGUCAUCCUGGGCGACGAUUUGUCCCGAGUCAAGCGAACCGAGUGUCUACAAUGGCUUCCGAAGAUGCAACGCGAGAACGGCAGCUUCGGCGAGGUUUUGGGUCCCAACGGAGAAGUCGCGGGCGGAGGCGACCUACGAUUUUGUUGCUUCGCUGCCGGCACAAGGUAUCUUCUGAGAGGUAAUUCGGGGAGCGACGUGGAGGAUAUCGACGUGGACAAACUGGUGGGGUUUAUCGAAGCUUGUCAGACAUACGAUGGUGGUAUAGCCGAAGCCCCCUUAUGUGAAUCGCAUUCUGGGCAUACCUACUGCGGAAUUGGCGCCUUGACUUUCCUCGGUCGUCUCUCAGAAGGCGACAAGCCGGCGGCGCUUCUCUCACCCGGGUCCCACGCAUUUGAGACCCUGACUCGGUGGCUUGUUUCCCGGCAGACAUCUGAACUUGGCGACGAAGAAGAAGACGCCCACGAAGACGAUGACAACACCGAUAGUGCGCGUGACUCAUUGAAGACCGAUCUUGUAGACGAGGUGUUUGAUCAACUGCCUAACCUACCAGCGCCAUCCAGCGAGUCGCUGCAAUGGGCCGGGUUCAACGGUCGAUGUAACAAAUAUGCCGAUACAUGCUAUUCAUUCUGGAACGGCGCAACACUCACUAUGAUGGACCGAUUCUCGUUGGCGGAUACAGGGCGCAACCGACGAUAUCUCCUUGAAAAGACCCAGCAUUUGAUCGGUGGCUUUGGGAAAGGUGUGGGAGAGCCACCCGGUAGGUCGAGACAACUCCGCUGUCCCUUCAGACAUCUAACCCCAGACACGCAGAUCUAUUGCAUUCUUACUUCGGAAUGGUGUCACUUGCCUUCCAGGCGGAAUCGGGACUUGAGAGCGUUGACCCGGCCUUGUGCGCUAGUCACCGUGCAGUACGACAUUUACACACUCUGCCCUGGUGGCAAGAGAGAGAAGGGACCGAAUCUGGUCUUAAAUGAUAAUAGAAGAGAGGAGUCGAUACCGCCGGUCUGCCGUAGUAUGUACUGCGUACACGGUACUGUCGACACAGAAGUAAAGCAUGCCGUCCUGGCCUCCGUACUUAGACCGUUGUGACAUCAUAUUUCUCAAGUAUGCAGUCAGUCAUCAUAUGAUCCGAGCCGAUCGCAACACUGACGUGCAUGCUUUGGGGUGGUGAUAGGCCUGGUAAGUGAUUAAGAUGAAACUUGACCGGCGAGUCUGACCGGACCAGGCCAAGGCUGCAAGACGAAUCACGAUUUGACCAUCACGUUUGUUCGAUUUCAGGGGCAGCAAGCGGAUCCGAGCAAGGACAACGACUCACUAACGAGCAGCUAGUCAGUAGGCCGCUCCACCAGGCUACGAACCCAGGAACGGGCGACGGGAUAGUGGACAUUUGGGCCAAUUCAGUUCGAUUUGAUUCAUCCCAGUUGAAUGUCAUUUCACGCAGCGUCGGCAGAGGAAUACUGGAGUAAGGAUAAUAAUAUCUCAACUUGGUACUCCGUAGAGUAGAUGUAGAAGCGAAGUC